CAGACCACCGGAUAGAUCAUCAAUCCAGUCCACCUUCUCAGACAGACAGUCAGACUAGGUACCACGUCGACAAGGUGAACGUACACGUAGACGCCGCCCGUCGUCGCAGCGUCGCAGGGGAAGAGAAGAGAGAUGGGUUCGUGCGUCUCGCGCUCGACGGCGUCGCCGCUGGAGGGGUCCGGGCGGGCGGUGGCCACGGCGAAGGUGGUCGGCCAGGACGGCUCCUUGGCGCAGUUCGCGGCGCCCGUCACGGCGGGCGAGGCACUGGGGGACGCCGCCCGCGCGCCGAGCUUCAUGUGCAGCGCAGACGAGCUCCGCUUCGACGCGCCCGCCCGCGCGCUGGCGGCCGAGGAGGCGCUGCAGCCCGGGUGGCUCUACUUCGCGCUGCCUAUGUCCAUGCUCCGCCGGCCGCUCUCCGGGCAGGAGAUGGCCGCCCUCGCCGUCAAGGCCAGCUCCGCGCUCGCCGUCGCCGACGGCAAAGGGCGGAAGGCGGCUCGGGUGGCGCCGCUCGUCGUCGCUGAGGAGAGCGCCGGAACAGAGGACGGUGGAUGGAGUCACCACGCGUAUGGAAAAGGCGAUGCGCUCAAGACGGUGCACGGCGGUGGUGAGACGGUGGGGAAGACGAGGAAGCGAGCCGGUGGUUCCUACGGAAGCGGCACGAGUCGUCCGGCAAGCGUGCAAAGGUUAAGCUCCAUUUUGGAGGCCGAUGACUGAGCCCCCCUGCUGACUUUUGCAAACGGUUAAUUAGUAAAGUUUUGUGCGUGGGUUAGUCUAGUUACUUGAUUCAGUCGGUGCUCGACCCCCAAGCUGAGGUGGAGAUCAGUGUAUAUAUAUAUAUACUCAUAUAUACUAUUGUACAAAUGUACAAUUUGCAUCAA